UAUCUUUCGGGUACCACAAAGUUGUACAAAAUUCAUGCAAAUCUAUUGUUACAAUCAAUGCAACGAAAAUCGUAUUUUAGUUAAAUAAUUUUGUCAAAGAAAAGUCUGAACUACGUAAGUUAUGUCAGCGUUCGAUUUACAAAAGGAAUCGGAUGUUAAAGAAUAUUUAGAGAAGCUGGGCAUCGAGUACCGGUUCGGCUGCUAUUCUGAAAAGAAAGCAGAAGCAUGCCAUCUGCUCGGCGACUACUUCGAGAGCAUAAAAAAGGACUUUGAAAAGGCGUCUAAAGUGUACCGAUCGAAUUGUGAUGAUUAUGGUUACGGUAGGUCGUGUUUGAAGUACGGCAAUUAUUCGUUUCUCGGCAAAGGCAAAAGUGGCACCAGUGGAUCCGUAUCUGAGGCGUACAAAUAUUACGAAAAAGGAUGUUCCUUAAAUGAGCCAGAUAGCUGUCUGCACUCCGGUUUGAUAUUAGUGUCACGGUCGAUGAAGGAAGAGGUGAAUCGUGAUGUGAAAAAGGGCGUACAACUCUUAACGAAGAGCUGCGAAAUGAACAACGGCACCGCUUGCUUUUACUUGUCCGGUCUACACAUAGCUGGCAUUCAUGCGGAUCCAGACAAAGAGAUAUCGGUCGAAUUGUCUACCCAACGGGAUCCGAAGGAGUUCGUUUUACCCAAAGAUAUGAGCAAGGCAUUCAGUUAUGCAACGAAAGCUUGCGAUCUACGGAAUAUGUAUGCGUGUGCCAAUCUGAGUCAGAUGUAUGCGCGCGGUGAUGGCACAGAGAAGAGCGAAGAAAAGGCGGAGAAGUACAAAAGGUUAGCAAUGGAAAUGCAAGACGAAGUGAAAAAACAGCAACAGACGCUAGGUUUUCAGCAAUGAACAUGUUUAGGACUCACAUUCAAAUUUAUUUUAAUUUCAACGUUUCUUUGUAAUCAAAAGUUCGACAUCGUCUUUACGUUGAAACGUGAGAAGCAGGGAGAUUGUCAUAAUUAAAAGAUUUGUGAAAUUGUUACAAUUUUG